AUGGCCCCACUACAAGUACACGUCAAACACGCAGGAAAAACUCUCGAUGUUGACCUAGACACAUCACUUCCACCUGCCGUGUUCAAAGAUGCGAUUUAUCAGGUCACGGGCGUGCCGCCGGAGCGUAUGAAAGUUAUGAUCAAGGGCGGUGUGCUCAAGGAUGAUACGGAUUGGAAGAAGGUGGCUCCUAAAGCGGGACAAACGUUCAUGGUUAUUGGCGCUGCGGGCGAGCUCCCGAAGCCACCUGAAAAACCGAUCGUUUUUCUUGAGGAUAUGGACGAGUCGGAGAUCGCAGAAGCCCUCUCUUUGCCAGUUGGAUUGAAAAAUCUCGGAAAUACCUGCUACAUGAACGCCACCGUACAAGCGAUGCGUGCGAUACCAGAACUUCAAACAGCUCUCUCAACGUCACCGCAUUUGGACGUCCUCCCUCGUGCGCUGAGAGACUUGUACAGCAACAUGUCUCGUACGACGGAGGGAUAUAUCCCUACCACGUUUUUGACCGUGUUGCGUCAGGCUGUGCCUCAGUUCGGGGAGAUUGAUAGAUCGGGCAAGAAUGGAAUGUUAGGGGGGUACGCACAGCAAGGCGAGUAUGCUGAAGAGUGUUGGACGCAGCUCGCGAACGGCUUGAAAGAGGUUCCUGGGAUCGAUGCUACUGGUAAUACAAUAGCAGGGGGAAGGAGAUUUGUCGAUCAGUUUAUGAUGGCGGAGAUGCGCAGAGAAUUGAAAUGCGACGAAGCGCCUCAAGAGCCUAGCACCGUCACGAUAGAAAAGGUACUGAAAAUCGAGUGCAAUAUUUCAGCGACAACAAAUUAUAUGCAUACUGGUAUCAAGGAUGCAAUGAACUCUCAAUUGGAAAAGAACUCUCCUUCACUUGGGCGUCAAGCAGUUUACAGCCAGACGUCGCGUCUCUCGCGCCUACCGAGUUACCUGACGGUGCACAUGGUUCGUUUUGCAUGGAGACGCGAUAUCGGAAAGAAGGCCAAGAUCAUGCGCAAAGUGAAGUUUGCGUCAGAGUUUGAUGCGCUGGAAGUAGUGACCGAUGAGCUGAAAUCAAAGCUCACGCCGGUGUCCAGCCGGCUAAAGUCUAUUGAGAAAGAGCGUGCCGAGCGACGGAAGGUGCGUAAGCGGACGAAGGUGGCGCAGGAGGCAUCGUCAUCGUCUAGGCCUGCAGAGGAGAAUACAGAUGUUGAGAUGGCGCCUGCGAGUGAAGUGCCGGGGGACCUGGAGGAGGAGAGCGUGUAUCGUGCGCGGGAGCUGCAGGAGCUGGAGGCAUUGGCUGAUGCCGACCUGAAGAAUGAUUAUGGGUGCAGCGUGACUGGGCUGUAUGAUCUUGUUGGCAUCGUUACGCACAAGGGAGCAGACGCUGAUGCGGGGCAUUAUAUCGGUUUCGUGAAGAAGAGUGUAUUUCAUGCAAAGUCGGGUGAUGGACCUGCGUUUGACGAGGAUGACGAAGAUUGGUACAAAUUUGAUGAUGACAAGGUGUCGGUGUUUCCCAGGGAGAAGCUGGGGACAAUUGAUGGAGGAGGGGAGGACGCGUCUGCGUAUGUGCUUUUGUACAGGAGUAAGCCGUUGGCAUAG